GGAUCAUUGACUCGUUACUCAUCAGGCUCCAUCCGCCAGCUUUCCAUUCACGCAAAUGCAACCACACAACCCUGCCCAACCACUACGCCCUUCCUUCUCUGGAGCAUAAAGAAAUCCAUCUCGCAUUUUACCUCCAAAGUCAGCUCAUCCUUUUGAGAAUCCUACAAUUUUUCUACUUUUCUCUUUCCCUCAUCACGCCAACAUGGCCACUCCUCAACGGCCAUCAGCGCGCCCGCGGCAUCCGCGCGACGUACUUGACGAAGCGAUUGCAGCGGGUUCAAUCGCACAGCUUACAGAAGCACUAGAGCUCGCCAAGUCGAAGCCCAUCCGAAACACGCCAUAUGAGAAGUUUCUAGCCUCCGCUUUAUCUUCUUGUGUGCAAGAUGGCAAGAUCGAUUUGGCGACACACCUUUUAGAACAAAAAUCUGCGCCCAUGACGUUUCUCUCCCCUACAAUUAUUUGGACCAAGUUCUCAAUUCCUCUUCUUGAGCUACUCAUUGCUCACGGUUGGGACAUCAACCGAUCCGCUGAACCUGGUGCAAGAACCCGCUGCCAGCGCCUAAUUGAUCUUGCUUGCGGCAACGAAGACCUCGUCAGAUGGCUAAUCGACCAUGGCGCGAUAGUUGACGGCGGGGAGGAUGAGUAUGAAGUCUAUCCUGAACCACCCCCGCUCCUAGAGACAUGUGCUGUCCGCGGAUCCGUCUCCACAUUCAGAUUCCUUCAGGCCAGGGGAGCCCGGCUGAGCAAAAGGACGCUCCACCGUGCCGCCGAGGAAGCCGCAGCUGCAAGGGCUGAUCCCAGUUCCAAGGAUGACGGCGCUGCCGUUCAACCGGACCCGAUCGACGAUCCCAAGGCGGCCCUUGCCCGGCGCAAGCAAGAGAGAGCUGAGAUGCUCCGCUUCCUAGUCGACGACCUCAAGUUGGAUAUUAAUGCGAUGGACACAAAAGUUCUACGGGCGUUCCAUUGGGGCACUCCUCUAUGCUAUGCGGCUACGAAGCCAAACGGCGAGGCGGUGGCGAAGUGGUUAUUGGAGAAGGGGGCUGAUCCUAACAUCAGAAACAUCGAGGGAGCGGAUGCAGAAUAUGUAGCCAGGGACCACAAUUGUGAUAAGACUGUGCAAUUACUGAGGGAUUGGAAGACGACCCAUGGGUAAUCCAGUUAAUUAAAACAUUCGGUCAUAGCAGUAAUGUAAAAUGAUGUGUGACCAGACGCCAUGCUGAAACACGC